GUCUAGCCAAGUGUAUGGUAGCGGUUUUCAUUUCGCGAAACAAAGCAUCAAUGAAAAUCCAAUUAAACCUCACUUUUCCCGUGUUUUUGAUACUCAUGCAUCGUUAAGAAGAAACAUUUACAUAGUCGUUAAGUCAGCGGAGGGAACCAGGUGAGGGAUACCAGAAUGGUGAGCAGGACACCAAAACCAAUGAUGACACGACGGUCAGCUUCAGAUUUGAAGAAUAGGAGACCUAAAAGAAAUAUUUCACCUAAGAACUUGGAUGACUCAGUGUCGGGAUUGUCAUGGAAGGAAGAACGGGAACUGAAGAAGGCCUUGUAUGCAUCAUUACAGGAAGCUAGAAGACAGUCGAGAGAUGAUAAACCAGAUGAUGAUGAAAGUAUAACUGACUCUAGGGAAGGGAUGUCUACUAGUCAGAGCAGAGCAAGUUUGAGCUCUUUGACUGAGUCAAAGUUCAUAGACGAGAACAGCUGUAGUAUGGACUCCACUCAGAGUUUUACAGAAAAAAGGGACACAACUAGGCUUGAAGCUAAGAAGACAAAAUACCAUGCCCAAAGAAAAUUUGCUGUGAAUUCAUUCACACCAAUUUGUCCCGAGCCCUCCACAUCGGGGGUUAGAGCAACUCGUUAUCCGAGUGUGACUCAUCAAAAGAAGAUUCAUGCGCAGAGAAAAUUUGCCCAGGGUUCAACUCCCACAACACCAGUAGAAAUGCCGUCUAAACCAAAGCUGAAAGUUUCCCCGAUAAAAUUGUUUCCCGGGAGACCCAAAACGGAGGAUUUCUUAACUUACUUAUGCUUCAGAGGAACAUCUGUGCUUCCACCUCAUCUUGAUCUGAUGAACGUGAAGAAAGAUGAAGCAGACGGGGAAAUGUCCGGUGCCAAUGGCAGGUCCGGUUUUACGCGAGAAAGCUCACCGGCUUCUAGUAGUAGUACUAGUCAUCAAAAUGAGGACAGCAUGGAUGUGCCCGAUGUCCCUAUGAGAGUUCAAACACCAAGUAGGAAAGCAGCCAGGGCUUCUGCUAGUACCCCAGAAACGGCACGAGGUUUUGUAAAUCUCCGUCGCGGAGGAAAACAUUCUGAUUCAAAGCUUUCACCAGGGAGCAGAAAACGACUAGCAGAUUCAUAUGGACCAUCAUCGAAAUUAAAGCCAAAGAGUCCAAUUAAAGGUCAUAUGGGUGACCGGCUUACUUUGAAGAGGAAAGCUAUGGCAACACUGACAGCUGCUCGAAGAGCGUCUCCAAAGAAACCUGAGGGCGUGAAAAAGUUAAGAGCUUCCGUAUCAGACGGUGAACUGCUGAAAAGAAAGCCUGAAAGUGAUCAAAAUAUAUCAAGGAAGGAAACAAUUUUGGAAGACUAUGAAAAUUCCAAUGAAUGUGUUCAAGUUAUUGACAAAACAAAAUCAAGUGGAGAAGGAACAGAAAAUUAUAUUGAUAAAUUCUCAAACAAUGAUUCAAGAAUUAAGUCACAAGAUGAUAAAACAGGAAGUAACAUUUUACUAGAGGAUUCUGGGAUACAUUUGAGUUUCCAUGAUCAUAAAGCAUCUGUUAAUAAUGAUCAGUCAGAAUACCUGAAAGGCUUGGAUGAUAAAGCAUCUUUUGAUAGUGAUCCGUCAGUAUACCUAAAAUGCUUGAAUAAUGAGUCUCAAACCUGUAAAAUAGGGGAAAAUAGAUACUUUUCAGAAAUUGCAGCUGAUUUCAAACAGUCAAAACUAUCUAACAUUACCGAUAUUGAGACUGAAACUGAACUGUCAGAAAUGCUUACUUUUGGCAAAGAGAAUGACAAUUUAAAAAGGUCUAAAAGAAUAUUAUCACUUGGCGCAAAUGAACUCUAUGACCCUAAUUACAUGUCUUGUGCAUCGCUACUGAAACCUUUGGAAUCUGAACUUGACGAGUCUAUAGAUAUUUUACCAGAGACUGACAUAAGUUUGAACGAAUCUCUAGACGUUACUGAAAUUCUCUCUGUCGGAGAAACUUCAUUAGGCUUACUCUCGCCUGAAGUGAAAAGGGCACACUCGUUUGCAAAGACUGAAGCACCACAAGAAGAUGGACAUCAACUGUUUAAACCUUCAUUUGAGUUGCUGCCUAAACAGGGUAAGAAUGUGUUGAAAGUUACGAAAGUAAUGACACGGAGCGCAGCGAAAAAUAUGACACUGGUGAAGAGUUUGAAUGCGGAGAACUUGAAUUUAUCAUUGUCUGACCAUAGUUAUUCCAAGAUUAAGAAAUACGUCAGGUUUCAAAUAAAGUCUAAACAUUCGAAAAGUGUGCAACCAUUAUCAAGUUCGACACCAAGACCUAUGGAAUUGACAUACCAUGCUAAAAGUCAGUCUAGGCCUAAGAGUACAAAGUCUAAGAAGAAAUUGAAGUUAACACAGCAUAACAGAAAGAGAGAUAGCGAGUGCAAGGGGAAUCAUACGCCAAAAAGCAAUGGUAUGAGAAAACGUAAAUCUACAGGUGACUUGAAUGAAAACUGUAUGCCAUCCACACCAAAAAGAAACAAAAUUGAAAACGGCAGCCGGUUUAAAUCGGUUCUGAAGUGCCGGGCUAAAGAAACACGAGGUAUUUCAAACAACAAAUUGAAAUAUCUAAAUUCUUUAGAAACACAUCCCAAAAAGCGACUAGCAACGUCACUACGGGUGAAGAAAACAUUUAAGCCUCAUAAACCAAUAACACGGGCAACAACUCAUUUAAAACAGGCUUUAAAAUGUGCGAAAAUGGCAGCAAACAAGAAAUUAAAGUUUGUUAGCAAAGCUCUUCAGUCCGGGAAAAGUAAAAGGUUGACAGAAACUUCAAGGAGGAAUGGAAGUGAAAAAAAGAAACUGUCCUCAGAGUCGUCGGGAUCGAGAAGUUCUUUAUCAAGUUUCAGUAGUGAUAAUUCUGGUGAGAUUCGUAUAAAGACUGAUCGUUUCCCCGGUGACUCGGAUCCGGCUGCAGUUGUUCAGUGUCCUACAUAUUACCCGUCGGAAGAACAGUUCCGAGACCCGAUCCUGUAUAUACAGAGUAUACAAUCCGAAGCAGAACAGUAUGGCAUGUGUAAGAUAGUCCCUCCCUGUAACUGGAAGAUGGAUAGUAGAGAACUAGAUGAUAUUAGAUUUACAACAAAAAUACAGUUUAUACAUAAGAUGUUGCACAAGUGGAGCCCUAUAACAGAACAGCUCGAAUAUAUAAAAAGGUUACAUAAUGAUGCUGCCACGAAUGACGAGUUUCAAGUUCCGCAGAUUGGUGGUGUCGAGAUAGACCUUGUCAAAUUAUAUGAACUGGUUCAGAAGUAUGGGGGAAUGAAGGGAACCGUGGGUAAAGAGAAAAAGUGGCUAAAAAUAGCCGAGGCAAUGAAAAUACCAAAACAAGCAGAUCGUGUGUCUAAACUGUAUGCGGCCUAUUGUAAAUAUCUGCUGGCAUAUGAGACGCUGUCAGAAGAAGAAACAGAGCAAUUACAGGAGACUGUACAGACGGACAGAAAGAAAGACGAGGCAGAAAAACACAUACCUACUUGCUAUAAAUGUGUUUACAAGGGCAAGUCCCAACCAUUAUCAUCAUUUCACCGUGCAGCAAGGAAUACACAACAACUGUAUGAUCCAGAGUCGUGUAAUGAUCCGGAAACUAUAGAGAAUGAUUACUGGGAUAUUGUAGAGAAGUCGGACGAUCAUGUUGCCGUACAGGGAGCUAGUCUUGAUACCAGUAUACAUGGCAGUAUGUUCCCAGUUAGACGUGACAACAUGUAUGCAAGACAUGGUUGGAAUCUGCAUAAUUUUGUAGAAAGUAAAGGGUCAAUACUUCAUCAUCUUGGAUUAAUAGCAGGUGUGACAGUGCCAACUCUUCACAUUGGUAUGUUGUACACCACUAAAUGUUUAUCAUGUAACGGACAUAAUCUUCCUACAGUGCAAUAUCUCCACCAAGGACCUGGACUUGUAUGGUAUGCGGUCCCUAGCCAAGAAACAGAUAAUCUUAAAGAAGCCCUGAAGACAGUGGCCCCAAAAUUAUAUAGAAAAGAAGGGUUCUGUUUACAGAAAAAUUCAGCAAUGAUACCACAGUCUAAACUUGUAGAGAAUGGUGUAUCAUUGAGUCGGUGUGUUCAGACAGAGAGGGAAUUCGUAGUGGUAUUUCCCUCCGUUAACUACAGUAAUAUAAGUCUGGGAUAUAACAUGUCCGAGUCUGUACAUUAUGGUACACAAGACUGGAUCCCUGAAGGUUAUCAAGCAUCAAAGAACUUGGGUAUGAACCAUGAUAUAGAGUUAUUUUCUAUGGAUGCCAUGCUGGUUUUCUUGGCCAGAGAUUCAACAACCCAAGAUACAACAUUAGCCCUUCUAUUGCCAUACCUGGAGAAAGUUGUAGAGCGUGAAAUAACAGAGCGUAAGAAGUUAUUUGAAGCUGGAUUGAAGGAGACGGAGCAGCUUCAUGAUAAGUUGGAGAAACAGGCACAGAAAACAGACGUCCUCGAGGAAAUUAUCAUAUGUGACGUGUCCAAUAAAAUAUGUUAUCUUUCCAUGGUGCUGAACUCACAUGAGAAUAGUGCUUUCUCCUUGGAGCAAGGUCUUCUACAUAUCCAGAAACGCAAGAAUCUCAAAUACUGUAAACUUAUGUACAGAUAUUCUGAGGAGGAACUUAAAGCCCUUGUGAAGGAGGUGAAGAGUAGAUUAAGGGGAGGUAAUUCCUCAAGUCCUGGAGCAUCUACUAGUAGUCCAAAACGAAAGACAAGGAAGUCCAACUCAGAUAUCAAAAGUUCACCGGCAUCUUCCACAUCAUCACGAUGAUCUCCAUUUAUUUAAAAUGUAUUUUGUAUACUUUUCUGAAUAUAUAAAUAUAUGUUCUUCAAUUAAUUUGGUAUGUCCUUGGACAAAUUUGGCAUGUCCUUUGACAAUUUCGGCAUGUGCUUGGACAAUUUUGAUUUGUAAUUUGACAAUUUUAGCAUGUACUUGGACAAUUUUGGUUUGUACUUGAACAAUU